AUGAACAUUUCAAAGAGGAGCAAAGUAAUGAAGUCUAUGAAAACGCAGACGAAAGCAAAAUCGCCCGCCAAGGAUGAGCAAAAAAAGGAACAGAAGAGUUCUUCACCUGCAGUUCAAGAGAAUCCAGAGAGCUCCAAAGUGAGCGGUGAGGCUGAUCCCACACCACUCGCUAGCGACCCAUCGAAGUCGAAUAGAGAUCCGUCCAAUACUUCCGAACGGCCACAAAACUCAGCAUCUCGACCAUCUUCCACAAACAGAAAAGCUCCGGAUCUUUACGCGAGUUUCGAUUCCACUAAUACAUGGGACAAGGAUUAA